AUGCCCGGUGUAGGAGUCAAGGACAUCGAGUCCCACAAGUUCGUCCAAGCCUACGCGGCUUUCUUGAAGCGCCAGGGAAAGCUCCCCAUGAUGAAGCCUGAAUCCCGCUGGGUUGACACUGUCAAGACAAGCCACUCCAAUGAGCUUCCUCCCCAGGACAUCGACUGGUUCUACGUCCGCGCCGCUGCCGUCGCCCGCCACGUCUACAUGCGCAAGACUGUCGGUGUAGGCCGUCUCCGCAAGGUCCACGGAUCCACCAAGAACCGCGGCUCGCGCCCCUCCCACCACGUUGACGCCUCCGGCUCCGUCGACCGCAAGGUCAUGCAGGCUCUUGAGAAGAUUGGUGUCCUUGAGCAGGACGAGGACAAGGGUGGCCGCCGCAUCACACAAUCUGGCCAGCGUGAUUUGGACCGUAUCGCCCAGACCACCCUCGAGGCUGAGGAGGAGGAUGACGAGUAA